AUGUUAAGUAAUUUAAGUAAAAUAAUUAACAAUAAUUUUUUUUUAAUAAAUAAAAAGUAUAUAAAUACAAAUGUUCAACUAAGAAAUCCAUAUUACAGAAAAAAAGGAUUUUGGGAAUGGAGAAGAAGAAUUAUUCAUAGAUACAACGAAAAAAGAUAUAUAAAAAAAAAUAUAAAACCUAAAAUAAAGGAUAAAGAUGAAUUAAGUAUAAAAAAUAAAAAAGAAGAUGUUUAUUGGACUUUUAAAGUAUAUCAAUUAAAAAUUAGUUUAAGAAAUUUAUAUAAUUUUGGUAGAUUAAUCAAAGGGCUUCAUUUAGAAGAUGCUAUAGUGUUUUUAGAAUCUAUUCCUCAAAUAAGAAUAAAUAGCAUACUAAAUUCUUUAUUAAAUUCUAAGGAAAAAAUUAUAAAUAACUUCAAUGGAGAUGCUUCAAGACUAUAUGUUGAUAAUGUGCAAAUACAUUAUAAUACCCCAAUGAAAUAUAUUAAGUAUCAUGCAAUGGGUCACUUUGGUCUAGUAAAAAGUUACAGAAAUACUUUUACUUAUACUAUUAAACAAAUGAAUAUACAAGAAUUUUAUCAUAAAAUAUUUAUUAGAGGAAAUGUUCCUAGAACUUUAUCUCAUAACAUGAGAUUAUAUUUGAAUCAAAAUAGAAUUAAUAAGAAUACGUUAAUUGAAUGGUAUCCAUAUAUAUGUGCAAAUUCUAGAUAUUAUUUCAGAGAAAAAUUAAGAUAUCUAAAUAAUAUGUAUCAAUUUGAUUAUUACAAAUCAAGACGUAAAUGGAUACAAAAUUAUUUCAAUAAUAUUGAAAGAAGAACAAAUGAAUUAAAAUUACAAAGGAAUAUAAUAAAUGAAAAAAUAAAAGAAUAA